GUCCAAAACUCUUCGUCUUCUUCUCUGAUUUCGAAGUUUCCCGAUCCAACUGCCAUUAAACCCUAGCUUGCUCUUUCUAUCUACUAUACUCUGGAAAUGAGGAAGGGAGCGAAGAAAAAGGGAGGUUCCAAAGCAGGUCGCAAAGCUGCUUCUACUUCGUCGGCGGGUAAGAACGAUGACGCGAUAGUAGAGACUCAGUCCAAUCAGGAGGUUGAGGAAGCGCCUAAGGUCGAAUCUCCGCCUCUCAAGGAAGCCGGGAACGAAGAAGAGGCGAACAAAAAUCAGGACAAGGAAGAAGAACAAGCGAAUCCUGAUUCCUCGACGGAACAAGAGAAAGAUCCAAACGCGAGCCAAAAUGACGAAGCGCCUAAGGUCGAAUCUCCGCUUGCUGAGGAAGCUGGGAACGAAGAAGAGGCGAACGAAAAUCAAGAGAAGGAAGAAGAACUAGCGAAACCUGAUUCCUCGACGCAACAGGAGAAAGAUCCAAACGCGAGCCAAAAUGACGAGGCGAAAGGUGCAUCUUCUUCGCAAAAUGAGAAGCCGCUUCGUCGUGGUAAGCGUAAGAGAUCCACAAAGAAUGAAACCGAGAAGAAAGGGGAAACCAAUCCGCCUCCGAGAGCUAAGCGAGCCAGAGCGACCAAGCCGCAAGAACCUGAGCCUGAGUACUUCAAGGAGAAGCGUAGUCUGGAGGAUUUGUGGAAGGCUGCAUUCCCAGUGGGAACUGAGUGGGCUCAACUGGAUAAGCUUUAUGAAUCCAAAUGGGAUUUCACAAAUCUUGAAAAAGCUCUGGAGGAAAGUGGAAAUCUCUAUGGGAAGAAAGUCUAUGUUUUUGGCUCUACAGAGUCUCAUUUAGUCCCUUACAAAAAUGAAAACAAGACUGUCCUUGUUCCUGCAGUCAUUUGCAUUGAAUCAUCAAUUCCCCCUUCUGAUAAGAUAGGGAUUACAUCGGGUGAAAGCGAGGUGGAGAAAAUAAUUCCCAUGAAAGAUAUGAAAAUGGCCUGGGUUCCUUACGUCCCGCUUGAAAAAAGGGAUAGAGAAGUGGAUAGGAUGAACUUCCAAAUUUUUAUCUUGGGUUGUACGCAGAGAAGGUCUGCUCUCAAACAUUUGAAGGAAGAUCGUGUUAAAAAUUUCAAGCGUUGCCUUCCUUAUAUCUACAACCCAUUUAAGGAAGAUGAAUCUGAGCAGAGCACUGUAGUUCAAAUAACGUUCCCUUCUGAACCACCGGUUGAACUUGAAUAUGACUGGGAAAAAAAGAACCUUGAGGAUUUCACCAAUGAUCUCAUCGUGGACGAGGCAUUACCCCUGGACAAAAAGGAUGAGUUCACGGAGUUUGUCAAAGAGCAAUGUGACAAUGCAAAGAAGACUAACGAAGAGGCGAAACAAGCUCGAGAGAAAGCAAUGGAAGGAAUGAGCGAAGAAACAAAGGAAGCCUACAAAGAGAUGAAGUUGUACAAGUUUUAUCCACUGUCUACACCAGACACACCCGACCUAUCAGGAAUCGAGAAGUCCUCGUUUAUAAACAAGUACUUCGGAAAGGCUCACGAAGUCGCAUGA